AUGAAGAGCCUGCUCCUGACUGUCCUGCUUCUGGGGCUGGUGGCUGUCCUGAAGGCUCAGGAAGACCUGCUAGAUGACAAGGAGGAUUUCUCUGGGACCUGGUAUACAAAUGCCAUAGUAUGUGACAAGGACCAUACAAAUGGGAAGAAACCCAAGAAAGUGUACCUUAUGACGGUAACUGCCCUGGAAGGAGGGGACUUGGAGAUCACGAUAACAUUUCAGAAGAAUGGUCAGUGUCAUGAGAAAAAAAUUGUGAUUCAUAAAACUGAUGAUCCUCACAAAUUCACUGCCUUCGGUGGCAAAAAAGUCAUCCAAAUUCAGGCGACUUCUCAAAAAGACCACUACAUCUUGUACUGUGAAGGCAAGCACAAGGGGAAGCUACAUCGCAAGGCGAAACUUGUGGGGAGAAAGCCUGAGAAAAGCCCAGAGGCCAUGAGAGAAUUUAAGGAAUUUGUAGAGAGCAAGAAAUUAAAAGCGCAAAACAUCGUUGUACCAGAGCAGAUGGCUUCUCCUAAUAAAGCAUUUCAGCAUCACUCUGGCUCAGCCUUGCUUCAGCUGCCUGAAGACUCUGACGGAGUAGAGCCUGGUGGAUGUAGCGCUCAGCAGAAGCCAGUUCCUGAAGAGUUUGAGCUAUAUCUUAGUCAGGCUUCUCUAGAGAAACAGACAUAA